AUGAACGAUUUGAUUGAUAGUGGCAGCUUAGCUCUAGCAAUUGCCAUCAAGUCCUCUGUCGCUGGGUUCUGGAAAAAGCGCUCGACAAUCUUGUUAGGAGCAUGGGUCAUUGUCUUAUUAAUAGCGAGGGUGAUUUCGUCGUUCAACUGGAUGUACGGCACGAACGAAACAACAAAGGAAGCCAGAAUCGCGAUAUACAGAUCGUCGUACGAAACGGUCUCCUGGCAUGUGAUGAUGGCAGCACAAACGUCUAGGCUUGCUGCCUUUUUGGCACAAGACAAGUAG